AUUGGAUCUGAUCCAGCUACGUCAUCGUGCUACAGGCUGCUGUGAGGACUUCUUGGGAAAAAUGGCGGAUUGAAAACAAGGACAAAUAUGGUGGGGGUUUCACAUUCUGUACGACAUGAGGAAGACAUUUGUGAGAUUCGUCUUCUUUCUUCUUUACCCUGUCGCAUUUGGAAACGAUUGUGGUCCUAGUGAAUAUAAAUCGGCUGCUGGAGAGUGCUGCCCAAUGUGCAAUAUUGGAACAGUAGUACGCAGUGACUGUACUGGUGAUUUGAGUACCACAUGCAAACCUUGCCCUCCAGGAACAUUUAUAAGUGAACCAAACGGCCUUCAUAACUGCUUCACAUGCAGAAACUGUGUUGAAAGUCAAGGACUUUACAUCCAGAGUAGAUGCACUACAAUAAAAGACACUGUGUGUGAUGUCCUUGAUGGACAUUACUGCAUUGAUUACUCAAAUUCACAGUGUUUUCAUGCUCAGAAACACAGUGUUUGUGAACCAGGACAAGAAACAAAAAUACCAGGAACAAAGACUUUGGAUACUAUAUGUGUGAACUGUCCUCAUGGAUUUUUUUCACCAUCAGGUCUGAGCUGCACCAAAUGGACAGAUUGCAAAGCUAGGAAUGAAAUCCAGAUAGAAAUUGGCAGCUCUGUUAAAGAUGUCAUAUGCACACCAAAAAGACGGGGAAGAUAUAUUCUCAUAAUACCAGUGGCAACAUUGUUCUCCAUAAUUCUAUACCUGUGGCAAAGGAACAAAAGUUUUAAACUUAAAUGUUACACUCUACAGCAUCCUGUUGAAGAAACAACCUCUGCAAAUACAACAGAACCCAAAUACAACACACCGUAAGAAGGAGGAAAACAGUGAAGAACCAGUUAUUUCCUAAAAAUUCCUAAAAAUCUCAUUCACUCUGCUAGAUCUCCAGUGGUCCACUUGUGGCACUAUUGUAAUCUUCUCCGUGUGCUGUGACCUUGACGUGGUGGAGAAGCUUGAGAUCCUCCCGCACUCUGAGAACUAUGAGAGGUUUAACCACAAAACCACACCUAGGAGGACAAACUAACAACAGCAAGUUUUUUUGUUGCAGCUCCAGAUAUGCAUGGACAGCAGUAUCACCCACUCAUCCCUAACAACAAAUAGACAGUAUUUGAAAUAACAUACUGCAAGAGGACCAACUACAUAUGUAGGGAGACCAGGGCUAGUGAACACUUUUCUUAGUGACUGUUUACUAGAGUCGUAUUUCAGAGUUGGUGUCUUUAUGGUAAAAAGUGAUUAAUGAAAAACAGCUGAAAUGAAAAAGAUCACAUACACAUAAAAAUAUCAGUUUACAAAUCAGCCACAAUGCCCCAGCGUUUUAAUAUAUAUUGACAUAACAGCAGUACGCUUAACCUUAUUUGAACAUUAACAACAAAAUGUUUCUGCUUGCUUACUUCCCUGUGUAUAUAACACACCUCCACUAAUGUCAGAUUGACUGCCUUAUAUUUUAAAUACGCUAGUUUAUCAUGCAUUAUUUUCUGCUCAUAAAUACAGUAGCCCU